AUGGCUUCAAGCAGCCAAGACCAGCUCCCGUGGGUUGAGGAGCUUCCCGACGAGGAGCCGCGGCUCAUCUUCCGGGUGCCAUCCAACCCGCUCGAAUACAAGGGCUCGUGGCAGGACCGUCCCAUCGGUCGCAAUCCGCUCGAUGGGAUCACGCUGUCCUACUACAACAACUCCAAGACGAUGCACAAUUCCAACAUUCUCCAGGCAGUCAUCCUGCGCGACCACGGCUUCGCGCGCGUGGAGCGUCCCGGCGCCGAGUGGAACAUCUUCUGGUGCGCCGGCCAGGUCGACCCGUGCGAGCUGCCUCUGAUGAAGCCGCACCAGAGGGUCAACAAGUUUCCAAAGGCAAACUGCCUGACGCUCAAGGCCAACCUGUGGACAAACUACCUGCGGAUGCGGCGCCGCUUCGGCGCCGACGCCUUCGACUUCAUGCCCACCACCUUCCUCCUCCCCCACCAGCUCAGCCAGCUCAGCGAGCACAUCCGCGCCAGCGGCGACGACGGCACCGACCCAAAGGCCGUCUGGAUCGUCAAGCCCGCAGCCGCGUACUGCGGGCGCGGCAUCAGCCUCCACCGCUCCGGCCCAGAGCUGCCCCAGCAGCUGCUGGGCGAGGGCCAGCGGGGCGUCGCCUCCCGCUACCUCGACCGCCCCUUCCUCCUGGACGGACUCAAGUCCGACAUCCGCAUCUACGUCCUCGUCACCAGCUGGCACCCGCUGACCGUGUACCAGUACGGCGAGGGGCUCGCCCGCUUCGCCACCGAGCCGUACACGCUCGACGACAUACAGGCGACCUGCUCCAACACCCCCCCCCGCCAGCCCCUCAGCCUGCAGCCCUCAGCCUUCAGCCCCUCAACUGGUGAGACAACACACCCCGGCCUCCAGGGCCGCUGCGCGCACCUAACAAACUACUCGCUCAACAAGCUCUCGGCCGGCUUCGUCAACGACGACUCCGAGGCCAGCGGCUCCAAGUGGUCCCUCGCAGCCUUCAAGCAGCGGCGCACGCCCGAGUGUCGCGGGGGGAGGGGGGAAGGGGCCGAGCGCAGCCUCCCGGGCGACACUCUACCUCCCUGUAGGCUGCUGCGCGAGGUCUUCGGCUUCGACGUGAUGCUCGACAGCGACGCAAAGCCAUGGCUGCUCGAGGCGAGUGCUGCAGCCGAGAUCUACCCGCGACGCAUGCUCGUCGACCUGCUCAACACGAUCGGCGUCCCCGUCCCGCCGCGCGGCAGCGGGCCGGCGGCGGGCGGCACCGAGCGGCCCACGGCGCAGCAGGCGGCAAGCGGCCUGCCGGAGAGCGGGGGCAGCGGCCCGGCGCAGCCGGAGGCGGAGGCUCUCUCUCAGCAGGAGUGCGAGAUGCUGCGACAUGUCAACGCCGAGCUCCGCCGGUCGAAGCAGGGCGGCUGGCGGCGGCUCUUCCCCUCGGAGCGCGGCGGCGACUACCUCGACUUCUUCGACGCGUCGCGCCGCAGGCUGCACGGCCUCCCGUACGAUGUGUGACGAGCGCCCGCCCGCGCGCCGGCCGAGGCCGAGGGGGCAGCUGCACUCUGCCCUUCUCGGCAGUUCGGCCGCAGAUAUGGGGGUGGGAACGCGACCGCGACGCGUUCGGGUACACAAGGGGGCGCGUGCUUACGAGCUGUGGUCCUCGAGGGUCCGCUCCACCGUGGUCCGUACCCGGCGUCGCGCCUCUCCUUUACCUGAUACCUCUCUAGACUUCUCGAGCACGAGCUCUCGGAUGACGUCUCUAAAAAACACACGUCGGUGUUUAAAAAAAUACUGUGUCACUU